AUGCAGAAUCUGUCUUUUGUCCUUGAAAAGGCUCAAAGUCUGAGAUUUGAGGAUCGUCCCAUUCCACAGCUCCGAGAUGACCACGAUGUUCAAGUGAGGGUGAAGUUCACAGGAAUCUGUGGCAGCGAUGUACACUAUUGGAACUGCGGAGAGAUUGGGCACUUCAAAGUCCAGCAACCGAUGGUACUGGGCCACGAAUCCUCCGGAAUCGUGGAACAGGUAGGAGCCAAGGUCACAACGCUAAAAGUGGGUGAUCGCGUUACCAUGGAGCCUGGAGAGCCAUGCCGCCGCUGCGAUGUGUGCAAGGCUGGAACAUACAACCUCUGCCCUGCAAUGGCGUUUGCCGCGACUCCUCCCCACAACGGCACCCUAGCGAAAUACUACUGUCUGCCAGAGGACCUCUGCUACAAGCUGCCAGACAGGCUUAGUCUGGAGCAGGGUGCGCUUGUGGAGCCGCUCAGCGUCGCGGUGCAUCUUGUACGACAAGCGAAUGUGUCACCUGGUGCGUCAGUGGUGGUUUUCGGUGCCGGGCCGGUCGGAUUGUUGUGCUGUGCCGUUUCCAAGGCAUUCGGGGCUGCGAAGGUGAUUGCAGUAGACAUCCAAGCCAACAGGUUGGAAUUCGCCAGGAAGUUUGCCGCGACAUCGAGCUUCCUACCGGACAAUGUCUCGGUCCAAGACAAUGCCGCGCGCUUGGGUGUGGAAAAUGAACUUGGCAACGGGGCUGAUGUGGUGAUUGAUGCGUCAGGGGCAGAGGCUUCCAUCAAGACUGGUAUACACAUUCUUCGACCCGGCGGUACAUACGUUCAAGGAGGCAUGGGCCGCGAUGAAGUCAGCUUCCCCAUCACGGCCGUUUGCACCAAGCAAUUGAACGUGAAAGGAGGUUUCCGGUAUGCUACCGGUGAUUACAAGCUCGCAAUUGAGCUCCUUGCUACGCAGAAAGUCAAAGCCCUCGAUUUGGUCACUGAUAUUGUGAAGUUCGAAGACGCCCAGCGAGCUUUUCAGCAAGUGAAGGAUGGAAAUAGCAUCAAAACUUUGAUCGCCGGGGUUGAAGACUAA